AUACCUUGUUGGGCGAGAGGACAAUGGUAGGCAUAUCGGACUACGCACUGUAAUCCGUUCUAGACGAAACGGGUGUUCAGAAAAUACCAUCAAAGCAGACGACUCAACGAGUGUGGAAUUAUUUCGGUGAGCUGAACAACUGUCCUACAAAGCUAUAUGCUUUCCAGUGUCCCAUUACUAUACUGUGCAUAUUCUGCGUUUAUGGAUCUUGGACACAGCUGACUGUCAGUUGGAUAACUAACACUUACUAACUAAACUUGUGAUUCAGUGAUUUAAAAAGAUGGUUGGACAACUUUUAAACGCGUCUUGCUUGUGAGUGGAAUUGAGAAGCUUGGUGUAUUGAGGUAACCUAUUCAUUGAUUAAACGGGUUAAUUAUGAGUAGCAAAGCAUUUCGCGUUGAAAGGUUGGAACAUGUGGAGAAGAUUCCCGAUCUUCUGACAGCGAUACGUGUCAUGGACGAACUGCAAAUCCCCAGAGGGAAGUGGUUUAACCUCCAGGAGGGGAAACGCUUGAUAGCAGAAUAUUUCCUCAAAAAUGAGAAGAGAGUGAACAGUUUCUACAAAUGGAAGGAUCAGAAUGCUAUCGCUGACGCCAUACAAGAAGACAAGGUAAACCGGGCGGAGCUUACCAAACUAUUCGAGAAAGCAGCCAUCCUCUUCAAGGACCUACCCAAGAGGUUCAGCAAUGAUCUGGAGAGAAUCUUCCCCGACUUCCUGGUCACCCUCAAGAACAAAUGCCAACAGCUGGACAAAAGUGACUGCGCCAUCGUCAUUGCUGGUGAUACAGGCGCGGGCAAGAGCACCCUCGUCAACCUGCUUGUGGGUUUGCGGAUCCUGCCCACAAGCGCCCUUCAGUGUACCGCCACGGUGUGCGAGCUGCGGAAAUCCAAGGUGCGGGCUAUAGUCCUGCACUACCGAGACGGAACCAGGAGCAAGAGGUUGGAGUGCCAGGAUGAAUCGCAGGUGCAAGGUUUCACAGAGUCCUUGGCCAAGUACGUAACUGAGACAGACCCAAGCACAGACGAGAGCCCUUAUGCCAGAGUGGAGAUCUACUGGCCUUUCCCCUUGAUGGAGGAAGGGGUUGUGUUCGUGGACACGCCAGGCAUUGGCGGCUCUCACAGUCUUGACAUGGAGCAGUACAUGGAGAAGGCUUUCGGCUUCCUCUACGUCAUCAACACGGGCGAUGCCGGCGGCAUACACAGGGACAGGCUGGGACGUCUCCUACUCCAGGGUGUGCAGCACAGCGACUUCGACCCCUCGACCGCCGUGUUUGUGUGUAACAAGUGGGACCAAGUGGGUCCACGGGAUGACGAGCAGGUCCGGCAAUUCGUAAAGGAGAAACUGGGCAAGUCCAUCCCCAACAUCACUGACGGUCAGAUCUACAGGAUCUCCGCCACACAGGCUUUAGAUGGGUUGGACUAUCGGAACAUGCUGGAAGACCACGUGGCCCUCGUGGAAGGGAUACGGCAGGUCCUACCAACAACAUUCCGCUCCAAGCUCAUGACACACUACAGAUGGUUGUCUACCAUUCUGAAGCGGACGCUGUACUCCCUGAAGGUGUCGAAGCAGCUGGACGCCCGCACUGUGGAGGAACAGGAAAGCUUGUACAGGUCGGUGUGCUCUCAGAUAGAGCAGCUGGAGACCCGGGCAGAGAGCAGGAUCAAGGACAUGAGGAGGGAUGUAAGGAACGCCGCGGAAGACAUCACAGACAGCAUCAUCAAGUCGUUGAACACGAACAACAGACGUGACCUGGUGGUGUGGAACUCCGACCUCUGCCCGCGACCUGAAAACUGGAAGAAGGUGGUUGCAGAGGCCUCAGCCCGGAUUUCCAGCAGAGUCCAGGACAUCGUGGACACGUGGGACCGGAGCAAGAACGUCGUGGGAAAUGUCAGGACCAGUACCAUUAAGAAGUUUAAGCAGGACGUUGAACUGUUUGAGGACCAGGCCAAACAGAUAGAGGGUGUGUUCCUUGGUGAGGACGUGAGAUCAAUGGUGGAUCUCCACAACUCCCUCCGAACUCGUGCCCCAGUCACGAAAGUAUGGAAGAAGGCAGAUAAGAAGUCCGGGGAGAAAACAGAGGGUUUCAUGAGUAUAGGCAGUGCAGUGGGGGCUGCUUUCUCUCUAGAUACCAGAGCUAGUAAAGUCCGAGCGUUGUUCAAGACCUAUAACUCUAGCAACGCUUCACAGGUGAUGCAGGAUGCCUCGAAGAUGUUCCUGGAUGGACUGUCGGAGAGGAACGUCUUGGCAGCGGUGGAAAAGUUCUUUGACCGGUUUGCCAAGAAUAUUGACAGAAUUGGGAAGAUGCUUCCAGAGUUUCUACGGGCAGACCGUCAGCUGAUGAAGUCACUGACCAAAGAAGUUGACCAUGGUCAAGCGAAUCUGAUGAACAUGUAUCCCAAGUUCAUCACAGACUCCGAGGACCUACAAGGAUAUCUGGACAUGUUCUUCUCAAGGAAACUCAUGAAGUUCGAUUUCAGCUUCCAAGAACUGAACAAGAAUGCAACGGAGAACCCCAUUGGUCGAGGAAGUUUUGCCAACGUGUACUACUCUCGCCUCGCCACAGCCGACGGCGACAUUGCAGUUGCCCUCAAGGUCUGCAAAGAACCUCUGGACGUCACAAACGUCACCGACGUCCUCCUCGAAGACAAUACGCUAAGGGAUUUGAAACACCGCAACGUAGUGAAGUACUAUGGCGCGUCCAGACAGGUUAGUGGGAGGGACAUGAAGUGGGUCAUGGUACUCGAAUACUGCCCCAAGACGCUGAUGGCCAAGUUUGUGGGGAAACAAGUCCGAAGCCCCUCGAAAUGCGAGGCCGACACCGAGUCCCAGAUUGAAGCAAUGAAGACGGUGGCUGUGUUUGCGGAACAGAUAUGCUGUGGACUAGAGUAUCUCCACAGCAAGGGCCUCGUUCAUCGAGACAUGAAGCCGGACAAUAUACUGCUUGAUGCGGACGAUGUCGUAAAAUUAACGGACGUGGGCCUUGCCAAACGUGUGCACGACAUCUCUGGAACAAUCGCGGGAAGUCCUGUGUACAUGGCACCGGAAGUGCUGCUACAGAAGGGUCGCUAUGACGUCAAGGCGGACAUGUACAGUAUGGGGAUCAUUGUGUGGGAGAUGUGGUACGGCCAGGAUGCUGCAGACCACAUCAAGGGGCAGCUGUUCACCACGUUCGAGCGAGCGAUUGAGAAGGGACUCCGUCCGUCAAUGUCUAUGAACUGCAAGCCCCCAGAGCAGUGGCACACACUGAUUGUUAAGUGUUGGAACUUUGAUCCACAGCUUCGACUGACCAGCAGCCAAGCCUGUCAGUUCUUCCAGAAAUUUAUAGAGCAUUACAAAUAAAGAGAAUGUUAUGAGUAAUGUCAAAGAGCGCACAGCCGUGUUUUGAUUCCACUUAAGGUAUUAAGUAUGAAAACUGACCAACUGACGCAGGAUGUCAUUGAGCAUCUCGAGUUGAAGACUUGUUCAAGCUAUCCCUGAUCGUGGCUGGACAAAAAUUGUUCAGAACUCAAGAGGUUCUAUUUCACAUUACAAAUUGUAAUUGGCUUUAGUGCAAUUAUUCUAGAUAGCAUUUCAAUCAUUGAUGUAACUAAAAUCUUGUUCUCUUAUGAUUAAUACCCUGGGCACCAUACCUAUGUUUUGAUUCUGGUUUCGCCAUUGACACAGAUGUUACCCAAAUUAUGAGAUCGAAACAAAAGGGAAUAUUACCAGUGUUGUCUCAAACACAACCAAGGCCAAGAGUUUAAUACACCUUUGGGCGUCUCCUGAUAUGCGUAAGACACACUCGUCUGCAAUUUUCAUUUCAAGUCUACGAGGAUGUGUAUGGGUAAAGGGUAUUUAUCAAAAUAGAGCGAGUAAGGUUUUACGACGCUUUCAGCAAUAUUCCAGCAAUAUUAACGUAUGGUGGGGUUUGACAUUAGAAAUUGGCUUCACACUGAAUGCUUCGAGCACAAGGCUACAGCACCCCUUCCACAAUAGAAUUGAUAAAGUGGAUAGCAUCACAGCUCCUUUCAUUGUGCUAAAAUAGAGAUGAGGUCCUUCCCACAAAAGACCAAAAACGGACUGUUUUGCUGUUCAAUUUAUGUACAUUCAAACAAGACAAUUCAUCCUCCAGUUCACAUACAUUUACAUAAUGUACAAUAGGUACACUACAGCUUUGAAAAACUUACAUUUAUACAGAAUAAACAUUUGAAGAAA